GGCACAAAUUGAGGUCUAAGAAAUUCAGAAUCUCGUCUGACAGGCACAAAUUCGGGUCUAAGAAAUCCUGUCAUGCCAGCAUUUCAGAGCCUUCUCUCUUGCACCCUCAUCCAUCUUUCCCAAAACCUUCCCAGCGGCUCUAUCGCUUGCUCCUCCGCUUGUUGCUGCGUAUGCUGUUCGAAAUUGGUAACCUGAAAUGUUCUUGUCACCACCUUGAUACCCGCACGCAACCUUUAGCGGCCAUCUGGCGCGCUGCUCCAUGCUCCUUGCCUGGUCCACCGGCCACGUUCAUUGCUCCGUGCAUCCGGCAACAAAGUCGGCAUCACCACGUGCUCAUAUACCGCAUCCUUCGCGUCCCUUCUUCCAGUACUCGCUGCCAGUCACCCCAUCGCUCCUGAGGUUCAGAGGCCUGAGAAGCUCCGUGCAUCUGACAACGAAUUCGGAAUCACCACGUGCUCGCCGACCGCAUCCUUCGCGUCCCUUGGUUUCCCACUCACUGCGCUUUCCAUCGCUCCUGAGAACCGGAAGCCUGAGAAGCUGCACGAAAGGACAUCCGACGGUGAUUUCGGCGCAAGUUGCGGGGGAAAGCGCGAGCAGUGGCGGAAAUAGCGCGAGUAGUUGCGGAGAUCACUGUAUUAAAUCCGCGGAUUCGAGCGGAAUGGGGAGCAGCGUGGCGGAGGUGUUGCGCGGGCGGUGGUGGGAGGACCAAGCGAUGUUCGGAUACAAGCGAGAGAGAGCGCACGUGCCGCUGCACUCACAUGCCAGUGUCGACGACGCCCUUCGGUUCUGGUACCAAAGGGACAGGGCAGCCACGUUCGAAGCAGCGGAUGCUGCCACCUGGGCGCCGGGAGCAGGCGCUGAUGUGGCAGCUGUACGGAGUGCCAGGUGGUGGGUCCACGGGCUGCCACGUGUUGCCUCUCUGAGCGGCUCCUGGCGGUUCCGGCUAUUCCCAAGGCCUGAGGAAGUUCCCGAGGGUUUUUUUUCUCCUGGAUUUAAUGACUCUGAGUGGUCAACGCAUUCAGUGCCAUCCCAUUGGCAGCUGCAGCUGCAGCAGCAGAAGCAGCACAAACAGCAGCAGCACCAAGCAGCAGAAACCAAAGCAGGAGCAGCAGCAGCAGGCGCGUCAGAGGAGGAGGAGGUGGAGGACCCGCCCAUCUACACCAACAUCCAGUACCCCUUCCCCAUCCAGCCGCCCUUCGUGCCCACCGACAACCCCACCGCCUGCUACCGCCGCCGCUUCUCCCUCCCUGCCUCCUGGUCAGGCCAGCACAUCACGCUGUGCUUCGAGGGCGUUGACUCGGCCAUCCACGUGUGGCUCAACGGCAACUACGUGGGCUACAGCCAGGACAGCCGGCUCCCUGCAGAGUUCAACGUCACUCCCUUUUGUGUCACACGCGGGAAGGAGAGGGAGGAGAAGAACCGUGUUACUGGGGAAGAGCCAGGGGAUGGGGAGAGGGCUGAGGGGGAAGGGGAAGGGGAGGGGGAAGGGGAGAAUGUGCUGGCGGUGAUGAUAGUGCGAUGGAGCGACGGGUCUUACCUGGAGGACCAGGACCACUGGUGGCUGUCAGGCAUGCACAGGGACGUCACGCUGCUGUGCCGGCCACAGGUGCACAUUGCGGACUUGGAGGUCAAGACUGAUGUGGCAGACGACAUGCAGUCAGCCAUAGUGAAGCUGGAGGUGCUCUUGGAGGGCUGGCCCCGUUGCGACAUCCAAUCGCUGCUCGACAGCUGUCACGUCGAGGCCUAUCUGUUCGACGCGUGGCGCUCCCCACCGCCGCCACCUCAGCACCCUCCCUCGCCCUCCUCCUCCUCGUCCUCCGUCCCAAUGUCCCCCACGUCCCGCUCCCCUAAAGACCCCGAGAGGGACGACCUAGAAGCUCUGAAAAUCCCAGCAGUAGCGGCUUUUCAGCCUGUGGGGUUGGGGGCGGGUGAGGGGAGAGGAGAGGGGGGGAGCGGGGGAGGGGAAGGAGGGGGAGAGGGGGGAGAGGGGGGAGAGGGGAGUGGAGGAAGGGAGGAUGACAAGGUGGUGGUGAUUGGGAACACGAUGCGAGUGAGGAUGGAGGCGAAGGUGGAUAAGGACAAGCUUCUGUUGUGGUCUCCUGAUCAGCCGCACCUAUACACGCUGGUGGUGUCACUAUCAGACGCGUCAGGGAAGCCGCAGCAGGUGGAGGCAGGGAGGGUGGGGGUGAGGAGGGUGGAGGUGCGGGGGAGGGAACUGCUGGUGAAUGGGCGGGCAGUGGAGGUGAAAGGAGUGAACCGACAUGAGCACCACCCGCAGACAGGGAAGGUCAACAUAGAGGAGUGCAUGGUCAAGGAUGUGGUGGAGAUGAAGCGGCACAAUGUGAAUGCAGUGCGAUGCAGCCAUUACCCCAACCACCCUCGCUGGUACGAGUUGACCGACCUGUUUGGCCUCCUUGUGAUCGAUGAAGCCAACAUCGAGACACAUGGAUUUGAUCCGGACAAUCACCUCAACCGGAAGGGGCGGCAGCCGGCCGAGGACCCCGAGUGGGCGGCAGCAAUGGGGGCGAGGGUGAUUAGGAUGUGUGAGCGGGACAAGAACCAUGCGAGCGUGGUGGUGUGGUCUCUGGGGAACGAGGCGGGGUACGGCGCAACACACGAUACCAUGGCAGCAUGGUUGCGUCACAGGGACCCAUCUCGACCCAUACACUACGAGGGGGGAGGCUCCUGCACCCUGGCAACAGACCUAGUGUGUCCCAUGUACAUGCGGGUGAAUGACAUCCUGGCGAUUGCUGCUGACCCCAACGAGACCCGCCCUCUCAUCCUCUGCGAGUACGCCCACGCCAUGGGCAACAGCAGUGGCAAUCUGGACGCCUAUUGGGAUGCCAUAGAGUCGACCCACGGUCUGCAGGGAGGCUUCAUCUGGGACUGGGUGGAUCAGGGCCUUUGGAAGGCCUUGCCAGCACGGAGCAGUGUUGUCACCAGUUCGAUUAACUGCAGCAAGGAUGCGUCUUCUUCACUCAGAGCAGAAUUGCUGGCAGAGACAGAAGCUGGAGCGUCAGGGGAAGGUGGGGCAUCUAACUUGGAUUCAAACCCUGCUGAGUCAGCAGUUGAGCCGCCAGCUGGGCCUCCAGCUGAGUCAGCAGCUGAGUCAGCAGCUGAGCCAGCGCAGGAAGGAGAGGCAGUAGGAGAAGGAGAUGCAGCAACAGCCGAAGAAGCAGCAGCUGACGUAGCAGCAGCAUCAGCGGCAGCAACACCUGCACCAGCAUUAGCAUCACCACAAGCAACACUAGCAUCAGCAGCAACAACCAGCCACGGCAGCAAGGAGACAGAGCAGCAGCAGCAGCAGCCAUGGGAGCAGGUGGAGCUGCCUGCAAAGCAUCCUGGAAGGUUCUGGGCGUAUGGUGGUGACUUUGGGGAUACCCCCAAUGAUCUCAACUUCUGCAUCAACGGCCUGAUAUGGCCGGAUAGGACCCCGCACCCUGCCAUGCGAGAGCUGGCCCAUGUGUACCGCUACUUUGGCUUCAAGUGGACGGAACAAGGCGACAUAGAGAUUUUCAACAAGAGCUUCUACCAGCCCUCCUCUGCCUUCUCCUUCUCCUUCUCUCUCUUCUCCCUCCCUCCUCCUCCUCAACCCAUCUCCACCCUCCCCCCUUCUCCUCCCACUCCCAUCCUCUCCUCUCCCCUCACCGUCCCCACCAUCCUGCCACGUCAGCACCAUGUCAUCCCCAACCCCAUCCCUGCUGACCUGGACUGGGCAGCGCAUGAUGUCAGCACUGACUCAGAGCUCUUUGCAUUGUUCACUGCUACAGUGAAUGAGAGAACAAGGUGGUGCGCUACCGGGCAGGUCGUUGCAUCUGUUCAGCUGCCCGUAAACCUGCCCGAAGGAACUAUCUCCUCAGCCAAGCCUUCUGCCCUCGAGCCUCCCACCAAGCCUGCCAUCUCCCAACCUGCACUCUCCGAGCCUGCACCCAUCCACCAAUCAUCUGUAAUCGUCACAUCUACCGAUCGUUCUUUCGCAAUCACUGUUCACGUCCAGGACGGCGGCGCUCUUUCCUGGAAGAUCAACGGUUCAGAUGUCCUGCUCCCUCCAGCGCUUUCCUCCCCCUGCCUGAGCGUGUGGCGGGCGCCCACUGACAACGACAAGGGAGGGGCGGACGCCAGCUAUGCCGCUAGGUGGAAGGCAGCAGGGCUCAGCAGACUCGCUGCUGCUGACGCUGGGGGGGUGAUUGCCGUGGCGGGGGAUGCUACUGUGGUUUCUGUAGGGGGGGAUGAGGGAAAGGGGAAGGACGAAAAGGGGAAGAUAAGUGAAAGGAAGGAAGAGGGGAAGGAAGCAGAGGGGAAAGGUGAAGAGGGGCAGCAAGCAGAGGGGGAUGAUGAGCCCUUGAGAGUUGAGAUCGGAAGGGACGGUAUGGUCUCCGUGGUUGUCCAGGCAACUUUCCGACCCCGGGCAGAUGAAAUUUCGGAGGAGGAAGCUGUCGAAGUUGGUUCUGCUCCAACCAAUCUGGUUGAAGCUUAUGGAGGAGGGGCAGAUGGAGAAGGUUCUGCCAGCAUCGGACAGGCCAAAAAUAUUUCAGAUGUGGACUGCUGGAUCCGGCUCAAAUCAGAGUGGCAGAUCCAUGGCAACGGGCAGGUCUUGGUGAAAUUUUGGGUGGACCCAAGCCCUUCUCUCCCGCCUCUUGCACGCGUUGGAAUGCGGUUCCAGGCAGCAAAGAAACUUUCCAACGCAGUCUGGUCAGGGCGGGGCCCGCAUGAAUGUUAUCCUGACCGGAAGCAGUCUGCACAUGUGGCGCUCCACUAUUUGCCUGUGGAAUCUCUCCAUGUGCCGUACAUUGCCCCCGGAGAGAAUGGGGCGAGAAUAGAUGCGCGUUGGGUCACACUCUUUACAGGAACACAGAGCGGAGCACAGGGGGGAGCACAGGGGGGAUCACCAGCACUGGACGGACUUUUAGGGCUUGUGAUGGAGCCAGUGGAGAUAGGUGGAGGGGGAGGGGGAGGGGGUGGGGGAGGGGGUAGAGGAGGCACAGAGGAGGGCAGUGAGGCCGGGCAGCCGCUGCUGCAUUUCAGUGCGAGUGGGUAUUGUGCGGAGGAGCUUCAUCGAGCACAGCACGAGGAGGAGCUGGUGGAAGAUGAGGAGUUCAACCAUGUGCACCUGGACCAUGCCAUUAUGGGCGUGGGUGGCGACGACAGCUGGACUCCAUCGGUGCACAAAGAGUUCCUUCUGCCGCCCUGUCCGUAUGCAUUUGGGGUGGCGUUCAGGCCCCUCAUGGGUUAGGAGAAGUGAGGAUGCUUCAGACGUUAAUAGAGACAGCUGUACUCCAUCGGUGGACGAAGGGUUCCUUCUGCUGCCCCGUCUGUACGCAUUUGGGGUGGUGUUCAGGCCCCUAAUGCAUGAGAAGAAGUGAUGUGCAGUGCUGAUUUGGUGUGGGAACACGGCAUCAAAACUUUUUCAAGCUUGCGCAAAACCAUA